GCUCCGUCGGUCGUCGGUCAUUUGUCGAUUUGUCCGUAUGUUUCGUGUUUGUUUGUCCAGAGUAUUUUGCACGGAUCAUAUUCCAUGAAUUAUUUCUCGCUCCGUGCUCGACGACCAACAGCAAACUAGCAAAGUUUGCCGAUGCCGAUACGUGAUCCCGGAUCCCGUCCGUUGUCCAAGUUGGUCCAAGUUCAAAGUUCGAGCUGUUCGAGGCAUCGAGGUGUCCUGGUGGUCCCGCCGUCCUGGUCUGUUGGCCGUCAUCAGCGGUCAUAUGCUAUAAUGGGUAACAGGUCGAGUCUUCUUCUACGCGAGGAUGAGAUAGCGCAGAUACAGAAUGCCACUGGUUUCACACCAAAUCAAAUCGAACGUUUAUACAGCCGCUUUACCAGUUUGGAUCGCGGGGAUUGCGGCACACUCAGUCGAGAAGAUUUCCUUAGGAUCCCAGAAUUGGCGAUAAAUCCUCUUGGCGAAAGAAUAGUAAACGCUUUCUUUGAAGAAAGUGGGAACGACCGAGUGAAUUUCCUGCAGUUUAUGCAGGUCCUGGCCCGUUUUAGACCUAUCAAGAAAAAUAGUCCCAAUCGAUUAAAUUCAAGGCAGCAAAAGUUGAGAUUUGCAUUUAAAAUGUAUGAUUUGGAUAACGACGAUCUGAUAUCGAAAGAUGAACUACUUGCUAUUUUGCAUAUGAUGGUUGGUGCCAAUAUCAGUGAAGAACAGUUAACCAGCAUUGCGGAACGGACCAUAGUCGAGGCUGAUGAAAAUGGUGAUGGUAUGAUAUCGUUUGAAGAAUUUUGCAAAGCACUAGAACGUACGGAUGUUGAGCAGAAAAUGUCCAUAAGAUUUCUCAGUUAAAUUGAUUACAAUGAUUACUGAUUUAUAUAAAAUAUAAUAUAAUAUAGAAUUUAUAUGUAGGUGUGUUGGGUUCGUGUGUUGAAAAUUUUUACACGUACCUACAAGAGAUUGUGCAUAUAUAAACAUCCAUAUGUAAGCAAAUCAUGUAUACGUAGUAAUCUAUAAUAUAAAUCUUGGAUUUUUACGCAAAACGUACUACGAGUUAAAAAAGAAUUGUAAAUGAAUGUGUGCAUGUGUGUAUAGUAUACAUUAUUAAGUAUAAGCAAAAAGAAAACAGAAUCAACUAUAAUUUUGAUUCAACUGUACGCAAAACAUGAAAAAAUGUAUUUUAGGGGAAUUAAAAAAAUCAAAUUAAAAAAUA